UUGUGCACCAAAUCUGCCAGCGUUGAAGUUUUGGAGGGUUUUUGGUGCAUGCUGGAGGGCUGGCGUCACUCUGGGCAGGGCGGUGACUGGCUUGAGGGGGGGGCAAAGCCAGACCUUAAAUCCCAGCGGGGCGGCAGCGGGAGGAAAUCUGUGCCGGCUGACUCCGUGGGUCGCUCUCGGUGCUGGGGCAGGAGACAGCAGCCAUGAGGAGUGUCCUGGUGCUGGUCUGCCUGCUGGGGAUGGCAUGCUCCUUCUCGGUCAAGAGCUGGCUGCGGCGACCCAAGUGGGACAACUCGGAAGAGAACGCGGUUUUCAAGAGCCGGCACCGGCAUUACCUGUACAGGUACAUCUACGUGUAUCCCCCGCAGCGACGGUACCAGGGCAGUGACUCAUCCGAGGAAGAGGGGGAUGGCUCGGAGGAGGAGAAAGGGGGGGAGCCAUUUUAUGCUGGCACCAAGGCAGCUGGACACCCUGCUGGAGCAGCCCCUGGGGACUGCCAGGAUGCACUGGGAGGAGACGCCACAUCCCCCCAGCAGGGCAAGGACUGCCAAGGGACCCUGAAAGGGAUCAGGCAGAGGACUGCCAACAAGGGGGAAGACUCUGAAAAUGAAGACAGCGAUGAGAAUGAGGAGGAAGAGGAGGAAGAGGAGGAAGAAGAAGUAGAUGAGAAUGAGAAUGGUGUCAAUGGCACAAGCACCAAUACCACAGAGGGUAUGGGACCUCAUGGCAACGGCACUGUGGCUGCUGAGGAGGGCACUGGUGAAGCUGAGGAAGAGGAAGAAGAGGAGGAGGAAGAAGAAGAAGAAGAGGAAGAGGAGGAGGAGGAGGAAACUGAAGCCACCACCCUCCCAAGCACCACCAACGAAGAGGGUCUGACCCAGGCAACCACUAUGGAUGAUGGAGGACCCACAGAUGCCACCACAGAUGCCACCACAGCUGGGGAGCUGUGGGAGUACGAUGUGACAGCCAGGGGGGACGAGGGCACCACCGAGGGUGCCUACGAGGAGCAGGACGAGUACGCACGCGGGGACAGCUACCGGGCCUACGAGGAUGAGUACGGCUACUACAAAGGGCACGGAUACGAUGUGUACGGCCAGGAUUACUACUACAACCAGUGAGCAGGGGGACAGCCCUGCUGCUGUCCCUGCCUGCCCCAGCCACUCAGGAAGCUGCAGCCAAAGGCUCCCUGGAGCCACUGCACGCUGGAGGGGAUGCCAGGCAGCUUGCCAUGUGCACUGGCUCCAUUCCAGGCUUUUUUUUUUUUUUUUUUUAA